GCUGCCCGGGCUCGCCCGCGCCGCUCGCGUUGCCGCAGCCGGGCGCGCCGCUGGCCGCGGAGCCGUUGUAGCCGCGCUCGGCCCCGAGCCGGUCCCACAGGAUCUGAUCCGGCGGCCAGCGCCCCGCUCUGUGUGCUCUUACAGUCAAGGUAGGAGUCCAGUUCCAUAGGGGUAGAGCCUGCAGAGCUGGGGUGAAAUUUCAAAAGCACCUAAGAGUUAGACACCCAGGUCCAGACCCAUACAAGUAUUUCAGUGGAAAGUAGGGGCUUAAAUAGCUUUGGGGAUCUGGGCCCCUCUGAUUUUGAAUCUGAGGGGGGAAGAGGAAUGUUUAAAGCCAUCAAACCAAGGACUGUUCCUGGUAGUAAAGGAAGCAUAUGCAGCUUUUACCCACUAACCACAAGCUCUGGAUGGAGAGAGCUGCAGGACCCCUAAUUCCACUAUUGUCAAAUGGCAUCACCAACUCACCUCUCAGCAGGCAGAUACCCAUGUACGGCACCUCAUCUCAGCCAGAAGAAUUGUGGGAGCUUCGGUGGCAAUAAGGUGGAAAUGAGGAGUGGAAAUGGAGCUUCCAGGGAUGUGUGGCUACGGAGGAAGAAGAAGUAUUUAUUUUGUUGCAGUUCCAUGACCAGAGCAUUCUUAUUAACUUUAAUUGCUAUCAACUGUUAUGUAAAGGAUGCUGCAUUGUCACUAAGAGCUUAGAACAAAACUGAGGUAUCCUGACUACUAGUGCCCUGAUUCAACCCAGAGACUGUCCUGCAGUGACAUGAUCAUUUCUCUCCAGUGACUGGAUGAAAAAAAAGGAAGCCCGAUGUGGUUAUGUUAUCAUCCUGAUGGCGCUGUUCUGGUGUAUGGAAAUCCUGCCAUUGGGUGUUACUGCCCUCUUUCCUGUCGUGCUAUUCCCGCUCAUGAACAUAAUGGAUUCAACUAAAGUCUGUAUGGAGUAUCUGAAGGACACCAAUAUGCUCUUCAUCGGGGGGCUGAUGGUGGCCAUUGCUGUUGAACACUGGAACCUACACAAGCGCAUCGCCCUGGGGGUCUUGUUAAUCAUUGGGGUCAGACCAGCCCUGCUGAUUAUGGGCUUCAUGUCUGUCACUGCUUUUCUAUCCAUGUGGAUCAGCAAUACUGCCACCACUGCCAUGAUGAUACCAAUAGCCCAAGCUGUACUGGAGCAGCUGCACAAGUCAGAACAGGAGACCAGCCCAGCUGAGCAUGUGGCUGAGAGCAUCAACAAAGCCUUCGAGCUGCAGGAGGCACCAGAUAAAUCAGAUUCCUCUCAAGAGACACAAAAACAAGAUAAUGGACAUGUGCUGACAGUGGAGGAAGAGGAGAAACUGAAAGAUGUGAAGCAGCUGAAAGAGGAGAAGCACCGGACAUUUUGCAAGGGAAUGAGCCUCUCUGUUUGUUAUGCGGCCAGUAUUGGAGGGAUCGCAACCCUGACUGGUACUACCCCCAACCUGGUGAUGAAGGGACAGAUUGAUGAGCUCUUUCCUGCCAAUAACAAUGUGGUGAACUUCGCUUCCUGGUUUAUGUUUGCUUUCCCUACCAUGGUACUGUUGCUGGCUCUUUCCUGGAUUUGGCUCCAGAUAAUGUUUUUGGGAUUUGACUUUCGGAAGAAUUUUGGUUGUGGAGCUAAUGCAUCUAUGAAGGCAAAGCAGAAAAUGGCUUACAGGGUUAUCAAGGAUGAGCACAAGAAGCUGGGCUCCAUGAGAUUUUCAGAGAUAGCUGUCACAGUCCUCUUCUUAUUAUUGGUGGUGCUUUGGUUUACCAGAGACCCUGGGUUCAUGCCAGGCUGGGCAACUAAUGUCUUCAACAAGAAUGGCAAAAGUUAUGUGACUGAUGCUACAGUUGUCAUCUUCAUUUCACUUUUGAUGUUCCUAAUCCCUUCAGAGAUCCCUACCUAUCUAUGUUGUAAUAGGGCUCAGCAAGUGCAACAACAAGAUAGCACAAGACAGAUUCCAGUGCUCCCUGCUCUCUUGGACUGGAAGACGGUUAAUCAGAAGAUGCCCUGGAACAUUGUGAUUUUGCUGGGAGGUGGCUUUGCCCUGGCCAAAGGCAGUGAGGAAUCUGGUUUGUCUGUAUGGUUGGGUAGCAAACUGACCCCUUUGCAGAAUAUCUCAUCUCCCGCUAUUGCUUUGCUGUUAUGUCUCCUGGUUGCCACUUUCACUGAAUGCACCAGUAAUGUGGCUACCACCACCCUCUUCCUUCCUAUACUGGCUUCCAUGGCUCAAGCCAUCUGCCUCAAUCCGCUCUACGUCAUGCUGCCGUGUACACUCUCAGCAUCAUUGGCAUUCAUGCUCCCAGUGGCUACUCCUCCCAAUGCCAUUGCCUUCUCCUAUGGACAGCUCAAAGUUAUCGACAUGGCUAAAGCUGGGAGUGUUCUCAACAUCAUGGGUGUCCUGACAAUCAUGUUAGCCAUAAACACCUGGGGCUACGCCAUGUUCGAUUUGAAUCACUUUCCAGUAUGGGCAAACAGCACGUCAGCAGCUUCCUGUAAAUAACACGGAUGGACAAUGGAACCAAUAACUGUGUGUGAUGGAGCAGUAUUGUUCACUCUGACCAGCAGCACUAUCUACUCAAGCUUUGGUGAUGUACUGGACCAGACACAACAUCUAGAAACAAAGUCACCCAGAUGUUAACAGCAACACAAUUAUCUGACUCUUCUGUUGUAGGCAAAAGAUAUAGCCUUGUGCUGUGCAACCCUUGCUGGGGUCCCCAGGCUACCUCUCUCUUGAGAGCCAGUGGGAAAUUUCCCCCAGUCUCAGGGACAUCCAUCGGCUCUCAGAUUUUGCCUGAAACUUCAGUGUUUGUUUUGAGUGUGCAAGGAGAGGAAAAGAAGUGUGCAGAGAAGUGUAUGUAAGAGGAUGGAGGGAGACAUUUGCACCUGAUGUUUUGUAUGCAACUGUGUGUGUUUGAAACCUCUGCUUGUAGGUACAGAGCUCUCUAUGUAUGUGUGCUUGCACAUGGGCAUGGUGAACAUGAAACAGUAAGUAUGAUCUGCAAGCACUCCUGCAACGUAUAUAUUGUAACCAUUAUGAACAAAUCAAAACACUAUAGCCCUUCUAUUUCUCUAUAAUUUAUUUAUUUAAAAUUCACUCUGUAAGUGAAGUUCAUAAGAGCUUCUGAAAGUAAGAGACUGUUUUCACUAGCAUAUCAAUUUUAUGACUAUUUAUGGAGGCUCUAAAACUGUGCAGGGGUAGUCUAUUUUUUUGUCAAGGUCCAAAUUUGUUGGUCAAGGUAUAGUCAAGGUCCAAACUCCAGAGAAAAUAACAAAAAAAUAACAACAAUAAUGAUAUAAUAAGUACAUAAAAAGAUGUUGGGGUCCAUUCAAAAGUGUCUGGCAGUCCGGAUUUGGCCCGCAGUCCACCUAUUGACUACCCCUGCUGUAACGACAUGACAUGAACUCUAGCAUUCUCCUGAGAAUGGGAAAAUUCUUGUUUCCUAAAGUAUUGGUUGAAUUAAAGAAUGUGUAUGCAAAUCCUA